AUGAUUUGGUUGCGAGCUAAUGGGCUCGUCUUGUUCCUGGAUACAUGGCUAGAAAGACCGUCUGUGUUGCCGAAAUAUCUUGACAUUAACGACAUUAGUCAAGCAGAUUACAUCUUUAUAUCUCUCGCUCAUUUCGAUCAUUUGCCUGGUGCAGAUAAGAUUGCAAAGAAAACAGGUGCCAUAGUCUUCGCCAAUGGAGAAGCAAUAAAUCUUCUCCGAAAAGCCGGUGUAAAUGAGUCACAGCUCUUUCCCGUCGCCGGUGGAGAGCGUAUUCCGUUGUUCGCCAAGGACGACCGCAAAGCCGCGGCGGCUGGCAAGAUACCCAUCGCUAGUGGCCCGCCUGGAAUGCCACCUAUGCCACACCAUUCGCGCGCUGUCAUGUCUGCCCACGUUUGGCCCUCUUUACAUGCUCUUAUGCCGGGCAGUGGACAUCACGACAUCCCCGAGGAAAUUGAUACCGGAACAGUGUACAUGGGCGAAGCGACACCGUAUGCUUGUACGCUUGAUAUCACAAUGGGUAUGAAGUAUGGUCUUAUGCGCAUGAAAGAAAUCAUGCCGCCCGACCACAUGGACAACGGAAUGAAGUCCUUUGCAAACUACAUCAGCGACAGAGAGAACAACGUUUUCUCCAACUACGACGGAGGUCAACUUGCCUACAACUUCCUCAUUGGGCCAGGACAAACUGUGUUCUGGAAUGGACAUCUGGGCGGCUAUGAGGGCAUCCUUAAGAGCAUUGAACCCACUCCGGACGUAGCGAUCCUCACCAUCGCCGGCCGAGCCAAUCUAAACGGUCGACCAUACGACGGCUCGGCUGCCCAGUUCGCAACGAACCAGAUCCGCUGGCUUUCUCAGCCCAAGAAGGUGUUCUGGGCUCUCCAUGACGAGGGCGCGAUCAAACCGUACCGAGUAAACACCACUGCCGCCACUGCCAUGGUUCACGCCCAGACCUCGUCAACGGUGGAAGAGCUCGAUUUCGGUCUCGCAAAGCCACUUUUCUGA